GAGACUUGCUGCUGCACGAGCUGAGUUCGCACGGAUGUUGGGUACUUGGGGCUCAUCACAAUCCCCUUGGGACAGCCCGCUACUGCUUAUGCCCAAGAAGGAUGGUUCUCGGAGACCAUGCCGUGACUAUUGACAGCUGAACUCAUCAACAAUCCCUGAUGCGUAUCCAGUGCCGCACAUUCAAGAUAUUUCCAAUAUUCAAGAAAUUCAAAAAACUGCCAUGACCUCUCCUCGAGUUUCCGGAGAUGACGUUCGAGCUACGAUUAUCUAAAAUCCAAGGGGCAAGAAUGUAAUCUAAAUAGCUCCUUUAUGCGUGUACUUGAGAAUAGUAUAAAAGCGAAACACGUCAUAUCGUGCUCACCUUGCGACAUGAUCAAGAUUCUACUGAUUGCAGCGCUCGCCGCUUUAGCCAUUGAGGCAAGCCCGAGGCUCCGUGCCGGAGUUCCCCAAUUGGAUGGAAGAAUUGUGGGCGGAGACGAUGCGGACAUUGAAGACUAUCCGCACCAGGUUUCGCUUCAAGUUUUAGACAUUCACAACUGCGGAGGCUCGAUCAUCGCUCCCAACCUAAUUUUGACCGCUGCUCAUUGUACGGCCGAUUACGAGACUAGCUACCUAAGCGUCCGUUGUGGCAGCAGCAUCAUGGAAGAGGGCGGUCAGGUGCUUACCGUUGCUCAAAAAUACGACCAUCCCAGUUACGAUCCCACCCGCACCGACUAUGAUCUUUCAGUUUUAAUGUUGUUCGGGAAGAUUACGCUCUCGUCCAAAGCUAAGAUCAUCGAUUUGGUUCCCGCGCACGUUCAGGAAGGAGGUCGAAGCGCUUUCGUAACCGGAUGGGGUGCUCUGUAUAGCGAUGGCCCAUCACCGCAACAACUCCAGGUUGCCAAAGUCUUCGAGGAGAACAGAGAUGCCUGCAAUAAGGCAUUCCGCGGCAAAAUCACUGACAGAAUGAUUUGCUUCAAGGCUCCCGGUAGAGAUUCGUGUCAGGGCGAUUCUGGUGGACCACUGGUAUCCGACGGUCAUCAAGUUGGUAUAGUUUCGUGGGGAUACGGAUGUGCCGAUGCCAGAUAUCCGGGUGUAUAUUCUCAUCUGAAUAAUGUCGUUCUUAGAAAGUAUGUUCUGGAACAUAUCAAGAUGCAUGCUACAAUGUAAGAGAAGAUUGUUUUAUACGGUUCUAUAUUUGUGAAUGUUUGAGUAAUAAAAUAA